AUGGAUCAAGCAGACCUCGAAACCUACAAAGUUCAGCUAUCCCACGUCGAAGCUGCGCUCUCCUCGGAACCAGACAAUACCGAACUUCAAUCUCUUCGUAACGAGCUGAACGAGCUCAUCGAACUAACCGAGGCAACACUUGCGCAAGCAGCAGCAGCUUCUUCUUCAAAGGCAGAAUCUUCUCGAAAGUCUGCAACAUCCACUCCUACACAUACCUGGUCCGCAGGAAGCGAAUGCCUUGCCAAAUACUCCGGCGAUGGUGGUUGGUAUCCUGCUCGUAUCACCUUUGUUGGAGGUUUGCCAGACAAUAGGGUUUUCAGUAUCGUUUUCAAGGGCUACAACACAACAGAACAAGUUAGGCUAGCAGAUUUGAAGCCUAUUCCGCCCAAUUACAGCGCAUCCAUCCCAUCCUCCAAACGGAAACUUAACCAACAGGAGGAUGAAGAGCGGGAGAGGAAAAAGAAGAAGAACGAGAAGAAGUUGGAAGUUAGGGCUACCAAGGCCAAAGAGCAGACGGCGAAGCAAGCUAGCUGGCAGAAAUUUGCAAAGAAGUCAGAAAAGAAAGGGGUUCACAUAGCAGGGGUAGCCGGAACGAGUAUCUUCAAAACACCGGACAAUCCUCUAGGAAAAGUGGGAGUAACUGGUAGCGGCAAAGGUAUGACUACAGUCGCUGCACAAAGCAAACACAAAUUCGCUGUUACUGAUGAUGACAACUCUUGA